GUUAUCUGCAAUGAUUAUACUCGGGUUCCGAUAAAAGAUGGAAGACCUGGCGAUUAUAUACAUGCUAAUUAUGUUAAAGGAAAUAAUCUUCGUAAUACAUACAUAUGUACGCAAGGUCCUAUGCCAAAUACAAUAGAGGAUUUCUGGCGCAUGGUAGUUUGUGAGCGGGCGGCACAUGUCGUGAUGCUAUGUGACACAAUAGAAAAUGGCAAAAACAAAUCAAUACUGGCCGAAUACACAGAAUCAAAAAAUGGAAGUCGGAGGUACAGUUCACCAUCAAAAAUGUUGAAUCUCAGUGUCAACCUAAAACAAUUGUCACCACUAACAUCUGUUGCUGAGCUUAGCGAUUUUAUUUUGACAAACUUAAAAAUAAAUACAACUGAUCACCAUGUGGUUAGAUCGACGAUAGAGAUACAAGUCAAGGGAGGCCAGCGCUUAUUUGUUAAACAUCAUCGGUGGCACACAUGGUACUGCUCUUCCGAUUUCAUUAAUGAAUUGCCUGACAAAACAGUGCCAAAGUCAUUACUGGCAGUUUUUCGAAUUCUAGAAGUGGUGCGAAAUACAACUCAUCCGAUUGUAGUGCACUGUUCUGCUGGCGUAGGAAGAACAGGAUCAGUAGUUGCGAUAGAGAUGGGCUUACAAACGCUAUUAGCCGGUCAGAAACUAAAUUUGUUAGAGGUUUGUCAUAAGUUACGCGGUGAGUAUGAUACUCUCAAGGAAAAGGACAAGAUUGAUGAUAUGUUUUAUAUUAUUCAAGAUCAACGAAUGCAUAGUGUACAAGUCGAAGUACAGUACGUUUACGUAGCCGAAGCAUUGUGCGAAUAUGGCAAAGCUAUGGGAUAUUGGAAUGAACAGGAGCUUCUCCAGAUGUUUGACAAAUUCAAAGCUUCGUUCGACGAUUAUGUAUGCAAACUACCCGUGCAUGGUCAGCCUCCAGUACAAUUACCAGAUGUGCUUCAACCGGCCCUUCAACCAAAUGGACUCAUGCAAUCGCCGGGCUAUGCUCCAAAAGCCCCUCUUUCACCAUCACCAAUGUUCGAGCAGUCUCACGCAUCAAAACAGCAACCGGCACCUAUCCUGCAACAGAAGCCGAUUUCACCAUUUCUCCCAGCUUUACUGCCGUCUAGCCCCGAAGUCGCGCCGGCAGCGAAUAAGUUCUUCUCCGGUACUCCCAUGACCGAUUCACCCGCACAACCUCGACCCAUCUGCUGGAAUUAGCC